UCCUACUUUUAUUUAUUUCUUCUCAAAUUUCAUGCCAGAAACCCUAAUUUCAACAAGAUUGCAUUUCCUUGCAGCAGCGCUGAUUUUAGCUACUGAAAAUUUUCACCCUUUUUUUUUUUUGAAUUUUCAGCAAUGAGUCGUGAUCGCUCCGGAAGUCCGAAUCUUCCAAGCAGUUAAAUUCAAGAACUGGAUAUCAUACUAGCUGAAGCUCAUUACCCAGAUUCUAAGCUCGUUCAGGGUUUUUGGGGGGGUUUUUCUUUCUUGGUUUUGGGUUGUUUAUAAUAAUGGAGGAGAAAGAGGAAACAAGUUCUGAAUUUGAGGGAGAGGAAGGUGCGGAGAGCUUCAGAGUUGAACCAAGAACUGAAAAUGCUAAACAAAUUGAUGGGCCGGCAAUGGUGGUCACUUUACCGGCUGCGACUGCGCUGCCGACGAGCGCGGCAGUGCCCGGCAUGAAGGUCUCGAAAAAGAGAGGGAGGCCACGGAAGGCUGGUCGUGGUGGAGUGGCAUUGUCGCCAAUGCCGAUUUCGGCUUCGAUUCCCUUGAAUGGUGAAUUUUCGGCAUGGGAAAGAGGUAAAGGGGCGUCAGUGGACACGGUGAUGAAGAAGCAUAAGGUCAAGCAUGAAAGUCCAGGAAAGGGGUUUGCAUACUUUGUUGAUGCCAAUUUUACGCCUCAUGUGCUCAUUGUCAACCCCGGUGAGGAUGUCAUGAUGAAGGUUAUGUCAUUCUCUCGACAAGGAUCUCGAGCUAUUUGUGUUCUCUCUGCCUGCGGUACAAUUUCAAAUGUAUCACUUUGUCAGCCUACUUCUUGUGGGGGUACUUUAACAUACGAGGGUUGCUUCGAAAUUCUUUCCCUGUCUGGAUCAUUUGCGCCUAUCAUGAAUGGGGGAACAAUCAGCAGAUCUGGCGGGAUGAGUGUCUCUUUGUCAGGCCCGGAUGGUCGUGUUAUUGGGGGAGGGCUAGCUGGUCUAUUGUUGGCUGCUGGCCCUGUGCAGGUGAUCGUCGGAAGUUUCUUACAAGGUCAUCAGAUGGAACAGAAGCCGAAGAGGCACAAACUUGAGCCCGUGUCAAAUGGAGCUGUUACUGUUUCCCACGCCUCCCGUGAUGAACAGCCAUUGGGUGCAUAUGGUGGAGUAAAAACAAUUGUUACAUCAUGGUCUUCCUUCAAUGGAGAGAACAUUAAUCCUGUCAAUAACUUGAUGAGUUUCGCUGUUGACAAUAAACUGUCUUUCUCUCAAUGAAAUGUCUUUCUCUACUGGAGAACCUACCGGCCUUAGUUGAUGGGAUUUGAGGCUUCUAAUUAAUCGCAUUGACGUGUUGUAUCUGAUUCCUUUCAUCCCUAUGAAUAAAACUGCUUAGGAUUUUUGUUAU